UUUUUUCCUUUUCUUUAACAGCAACUGACACUGAAAGUGGACCAGUACGCUCAGCCUGUACUCAAAGGAAAAGUACGCUCAGCCCCCUGGGUUUCUUGUAAUUCUAAAAGCACCUCGGUCGAAGUCGGUUUCGUUGUGCCCAGCCACGGCGCAGCAACCACACGAUUACCUUAGCCCAAGAAAAUAAAAAUGGAAAUUAGUGUGAGACGAAGGCAGAGAGGCACACGAAAUUAACCCCUCUACUCGCCGGGCACGACCUAAGCAAACCACCGGCCGGGCCACAACCGCCGGCCAUGGAACAGGCCCUCCGAGACCACGCGCCGGCCAAGGCGGCGGGACGCAGGGCGACGCGGUUCACGGCUCUGGAGCUCGCGGCGGCCGAGCAGCUCCUCCACCUCAGCGAGAGCAGCUGCUCCUCGGGCGCCGCCUUCACCCCGCGAGGAUCGGGGACCGCGGCGUCGGCCGCCUACUCCUCCUCCUCGCCUCGCUCCGUCAACGCUCCGCCCGCCGCAGCCGCGGGUGGCCCUGUCGUCGGCUUCGGCGCGGAUCACGAGGAGGAGGAGGAGGACGAGCAGGAGGUGGGCGGGAGGCCGCGGAUGAGCAGGAGGUACCGCUCAAUAGCGGAGGUGUACGACGCUACGGAUCCGGCUGGAGCGCGCCGCAGAAAGGGCAAGGCCGUCGCCGGCGGCCCAAGGGAGGUGAGGAGGAAGUAGAAAGAGAUCUUGCCUGUAAUUAUGAGUAGCGAACGAAGAGAAGCUUGCUUCUGCUUCUUCUCCGGUGUCCGAGUGUAUCACGUAGAUCAAGAAAUAAUGAUCUUCUCUUCAGAAUAGGAGUCACUAAAGUCAAAAGUUAGAAGCUUAAUCAGGUGUAAAUUAUUAUGCAUCGAGCUAGUCUUGAAUGAAUAAACCAGAGUAGUCUCUACAUGCUAGCAUGAA